GUCUUUGCGCAAGACGUCCCAGAAGGCUCGCUGCUGGAGCAUCGUGAAGAAGGUGAGGUCCGCCUCGCGGAAGUCCGCCGCUACGUCCUGCGCGCCAGGAAUGCCCGCCUUGGCCUCUUUGUUCAGAUCGGUCAUCACGACUGGGCAUCCCAGAUCUCCCACUGCCUCGAGGAGGUGCUGUCGGCAACCGACGAGCCAACUGGGGUCCAUCUCAACUUCGUCAACGGCACGGCCCCCUCUGACGACGAGGUGGAAGAGUU